UGCCUCAAACCCGCAGCGAUCUCAGUGGUGGAAAUGUUGGACACGGGGAGGGUCGACUUUCAGAUGACAUUGACGCUAUGUAGAUGAGCGCGGGGGGGAUUUGUGCUCCGUGGAACAUCCCUGGCCAAAGUUAGACGGUGCUUCGAGGUGAAGCUGCGUCCCUUUUCGCUGCGUUGUUUCUCCGCUCUGCUUCUGCUCGGAUCUCUCCUUCAGCACCACAGAGCUAACGGACAGCACCACUCACCUUUCCCCUCCGGAUCCUAGUUUGGGUUUUGCUUCUCUUAUCAUAAAAUGGAAAAUCUUUUCUUCGGUCUGCUCCGGGAGAAUCUGUAAGGAUACAACUUUUAGCUGAACGUACGGAUAACUAUACCAUCGCCCCAAAUUCUGUCUGGCAUAGCAGUUUGAUUGUGCGCUCUCCCAACUGGAUCGGUGUUCCCGCUUCUUCUCCUGCCCAUCUGCCCAUUUCCUGCCCAUCUAACCGUCCCUUGGCUGGGUAACGAACCGCGAAGCUGCUGUCUACGUGGACCGGUGGGGUUAAAAUCUUCCUUCCGCCUUCCAGCCUUGUCAGGAAAUCAAAAUCUAAACAGAGAGACAGAGACAUGGCAACGAAUGGUACUAAAGGCUCUGAUGGACACGUUCUAACGGAGGUGAAUGCCGAGCCUAACGACAAACCCAAAACUUUGGUGGUCAAAGUCCAGAAAAAGGAACUUCCCGAAAGAGAGAACUGGACUGGAAAAUUUGACUUUCUCCUGUCUUGCGUCGGGUACGCAAUUGGACUCGGAAAUGUCUGGAGAUUCCCUUAUCUAUGUGGGAAGAAUGGAGGAGGGGCCUUCUUGAUUCCCUACUUUUUGACGCUCAUAUUUGCUGGUAUGCCCCUGUUUCUGCUCGAAACGUCCCUCGGUCAGUACACAUCGAUUGGAGGGCUUGGUGUGUGGAAACUGGCUCCCAUGUUUAAAGGUGUUGGUCUGGCCGCCGCAGUGCUUUCUUUCUGGCUAAAUAUUUAUUACAUUGUCAUCAUUGCCUGGGCCAUAUACUAUUUGUGGUCCUCCUUUACUACCGAGCUACCAUGGCAAUCAUGUGGAAAUUCUUGGAACACAGAGCGCUGUUACACCAACUACAGCACCCUGAACGCUGCCAACCUCACCAGCGCUGUUCAGGAAUUCUGGGAACGUAACAUGCACCAGUUAACAGACGGUCUGGAGAAGCCCGGGGAAAUCAGAGCGCCUCUCGCCAUCACGCUGGCCAUCGCCUGGGUCCUCGUCUAUUUCUGUAUCUGGAAAGGUGUCGCCUGGACUGGGAAGGUGGUGUACUUCUCAGCCACGUACCCCUACGUCAUGCUCUUCAUCCUCUUCUGCCGUGGCAUCACUCUCCCCGGAGCCAUCGAUGGAAUCCUCUUCUAUAUCACGCCCAACUUUGAAAAGCUCAAGGAAUCAGAGGUGUGGCUGGAUGCUGCCACUCAGAUCUUCUUCUCCUAUGGGCUGGGGCUGGGAUCACUGAUUGCUCUGGGAAGCUACAACCCAUUCAAUAAUAAUGUUUACAGAGAUUCUGUCAUUGUGUGCUGCAUCAACUCGUUCACCAGCAUGUUCGCUGGCUUAGUCAUCUUCUCCAUUGUGGGCUUCAUGGCCAACGUGACUAAGAGACCUAUAAUAGAAGUAGCAGCCUCAGGUCCUGGCUUGGCGUUCUUGGCCUACCCCGAGGCAGUAACUCAGCUGCCUAUCUCUCCUCUCUGGGCGAUCCUCUUCUUCUCCAUGCUGCUGAUGCUGGGAAUCGACAGUCAGUUCUGCACGGUGGAGGGCUUCAUCACUGCGCUGGUGGAUGAGUUCCCCAGGGCUCUGAGAGGAAGAAGAGAGCUCUUCAUCGCUGCCGUCUGCCUGGUCUCUUAUAUCAUCGGCCUGUCCAACAUCACACAGGGUGGGCUGUAUGUGUUCAAGCUGUUUGACUACUACUCUGCCAGCGGAAUGUGCCUGCUCUUCCUGGUCUUCUUCGAGUGCGUCUCCAUAUCCUGGUUCUACGGUGCCGAUAAGUUCCUUGCCAACAUUGAGGAGAUGAUUGGCCACAAGCCCUGCCUGUGGUGGAAGCUCUGUUGGGUCGUGUUCACUCCUCUUAUUGUGGCUGGCGUUUUCCUGUUCAGUGCUGUCCAGAUGGUUCCUCUCACCAUGAACAACUACGUGUUCCCCGCCUGGGGCCAGGGAGUGGGCUGGUGCAUGGCGUUGUCCUCCAUGCUCCUGAUACCUGGAUACAUGAUCUAUAUGUUCCUCAACCUCAAGGGGGAUUACAAAGAGCGUCUGCGGAUAAUGAUCCAGCCCCCGACGAUGGUGAAAGGAGAACGUCAGGAGAACGGCCCUGAGCAGACGGCAGCAGAAGCAGAGAACCUGGCCCCGGCCACUGAAGAGGCUUACAUCUAAACCUCGUUACAUCUAAACCCAUGCCCCGAGGCAAACUCUCUGCAGAAAACAACGUAAUCAAGGUGAAAACGCAACCAAGGGAUUCGUCUCAAAAUGGCACACAAUUCCCUAUGUAGUGCACUACUUUUGACCAGGACCAAUAUGGGUAGUGUUCCAUAUAGGGUACUAUUCCAUAUGGGCCCUGGUCAAAAGUAGUGCACUACAUAGGGAAAAGUGUUCUAUUUGAGAUGCAAAAAAAAUAAUGACUUUGAUGUCUGAUAUCCUAUCACCUACCUCCAGGGGAAACAUGUGACCAACCUGAUUACAAUUUUGUUUUCAUUUUUGUUUUGUUUUUUGUUUUUUUUUGUAAAAGAAAAGAGUAAAAUAGAAGGAAGAAAGAUACAGUAGAUUAACCAGCCAGAUCAGAAUGAAGGAAGGCUAUGUUACAGGACACGCCUGAUGUUAUUGUCAACGGUUCUAUUUCAUAUGCAAAAACAUUUUUAGUCUUUCUGAAAUUAUUACCUAGAGAAUUACUGUCAUUUGAAUUAUAAUUUAAAUUUUGGAAGCCCAAUAUGAUUCAACACUACCGUGCUAAUUCAAGAUAUUUACUUAAUUAAUCUAUUAAAAAUAAAAAUUAUUGUAAAAAGGUUAUAUAAAUCGAUUAUAAUUCAUAUGUUUGUAUUUAAAAGAAAUAUAGAAAAAAGAAUGGAAUGUGUUACAGUAAGUAGUCAAAUAAAUGCAAAACGAAAGAUGCAUAGUGGAAUUGAAUAUUGACCAAUUAUAAGCAAUGAGCAUUAUGGGAAAGUGCGACCUGAAAGGCCAAAUCUCCAUAUCUAUGUAUAUAAUAUUAUCACUGUUUUCCAAGACCCUGCCAUUUUUACCACUAUUUUACCCCUUACUUAUUUUCCGGAGCAACCUUUGAAAAGCACAAAGGCCAGUGUGGAUCUCAAAUCAUUCCAUUCGGUACGACUAUUACAAAAUGCAGAUUAACAUUUACACACCAGAGACUGUUACAAUUGUAUCUUUGUUUUCUAAAGAACAAUAACAUUUUAUUUUUUAGAAUCAUUUGUAGGAUGUGUUCUAUGUAAGAGUGAGAUGGACCAAAAAUCAUACGUAUGUUAAUAACAAAUAAAAAACAAGACGAACAACCUAUUGACAUGAGACAUAUCCCUCCCAUCCCGUCAAUGCAGAUAACACAGUACUAUCACCGUUAUUAUCCCAGAAGCAGCAUUUGAGCAGUGACUGUUUCUCACAACCCAGAGAUACUGUUAACUUCAAACUUGUUUCCCACAUUAAGUCCAGACCUCAGGAACAGUCGUGAAAAGUGACCAAAUUAUCCGAUGAAACUACUGAGGUGAUAGUCAGUCGUCUGUCGUUAGUCAAUCAUUCUAGUCCUAGUCUGACUGUGCAGGUUUCCAAUGUCAGGUUCUGAAAGAGAAGUGUUAUAGAUGGACCACAACCUAAAUGGACCACAACCUAACCUGGUACGAAACCAUAGGCCAAUAUUACUACUGAAAUUAUACUUUUUUUUCUUAUUUUGUUUUGAAAAAGGAAACAUGAAUUAUCAAAUUGUUUUUCAAGAAAUAAAUAUAUACAGUACCAAUCAAAACUUUGGACACACCUACUCAUUCAAAGGUUUUUCUUUAUUUUUACUAUUUUCUACAUUGUAGCUUAAUAGUUAAGACAUCAAAACGAUGAAAUAACACAUAUGGAAUCAUGUAGUAACCAAAUUGAGAGGAUUUGGGAGGAGUUGGACCGCAGAGUGAAGGACUUAUAUAUUUGUUUAACACUUUUUUGGUUACUACAUGAUUCCAUGUGUGUUAUUUAAUAGUUUUGCUGCAUUCACUAUUAUUCUACAAUGUAAAAAAACAGUACAAAUAAAAAAAAAAACACUGAAAUGAGUAGGUGUGUCCAAAAUUUUGACUGGUACUGCAUAUAUACAUAUACAUAUAUAGACCGAUUUAUAUAGUAAUUCCACAAAUGAUCAAAGUUGUAUUUCUAUAAAGAUAAAACUAGUUUGUUUCCUUGGCAGCUACAAAUGACAAGGAUCUGGUUUAAAUGAGUCAUUUUAGUCUCUGCAAAGACUAUACAACUAAAAUGUGCAAUGAAUAAGGUUCCCAUUCAUUUUGUAUAAAGUUACCAUACUGCAGUUGUCUGUCUUAAAUGAUGUUGUAAAACUCUACUGUGUUAUACAUGUAACUGUGAAUGUCCAUAUGAGGUUUUUUUUUGUCUAAAUGUUGAAAAAAAUCUGAUAUUAUUUGCUGUUUUCUCCAACAAUAGGAUUAUUUUCAGAAACUAAAGCACAUAUCUUAUAUUAUAUAUAUCUUUCUGAAAUGUCAACAACAACAAAAAAUAGAUGACAAUAACAAUAAUAGAAUAAUUAAAUAAUAGAUACACUUGCCUAGUCAAAGAAUCAUCUUGUUUUAUAUAUUUCUAGCAGUUUCAUGGGCCUAAUGUAAAAUAUUCUAUGUACAAUAUAUAAUACAUGUUGUUAGAUGGUGUUAUAUGAAAAAGCAUGAUUGCUGUAUAUGUUAUCUGCAGAAGUAAAUAAAGAACUAUAGAUUAUAA